AUGAGGUUACAAAAUUAUAGAAUGGUUCCAAUCACGAUUUGUCCAUCCAUGGUGUUGCGCACCGCGUGGGGUGCUCGGAACGCAGUUAACAGAAUCCCCAUGGAAUUCACACCCGUGCCCUACAUCGUAAUUCACCACGGCAUGGUUCCAAUCACGAUUUGUCCAUCCAUGGUGUUGCGCACCGCGUGGGGUGCUCGGAACGCAGUUAACAGAAUCCCCAUGGAAUUCACACCCGUGCCCUACAUCGUAAUUCACCACGGCAGUAUAAUGACGUCGUGCAACAACAAAGUCAGGUGUUCGGAGCUCAUGCGAAUAUAUCAAGACAUGCACAUGGAAAAACAAAAUUGGCACGACAUCGGUUACUCCUUCGCCAUAGGAGAGGAUGGUAACGUUUACGAGGGCAGUGGGUGGAGCAUGCGGGGCUCCCACACGUCAAACUACAACUCUCAAAGCAUUGGCAUCUUGAUGAUGGGCAAUUUUGAAAAAAAAUUGCCAAACGACGCUGCAUUAAAAGCACUAAACUUACUGAUAAGCUGUGGAGUCCGUUUGGGUCUCAUUUACGAAGAUUAUCAUAUAGUAGGACACAACCAAACGCAACCAACGAAUCGGCUAACUCCCUGUCCAGGCGAGGCUCUCUACGAAUACCUCAAAAGGAUGCCUCGUUGGAUUGAACAGCCAAUUCCUUUUGUUUAUCAAGAAUAA